CCGGACUCUUGCAUGGACUUGCCAAGUUCUGACUUUGAGAAACACCCAGGAAGCUGAUGCUUUUUAUUUUUCUUCACAUUUCCCAUCAUUCCUUUCUCCUGCAGCCUGGCCCUCACAUCCUGAGCAGAACAGGUCACCUGACCGCCAGCGACAUACAAUGGCAGACGGUGAAGCAGUUUCUAGCAUUAGCUCGGCGCUACAGGCUGCCACUGUUCCUCGCCGACACCGCCGCACUGACGCUGCUCUCCCACGAUGCUUUGCGGCAGCGUGACCGGCUGGUGCAUGAGCCACACUGCAGCUUCCUGUGCACCGGCCGGCCAGUCACAUCAUUCGCACUGCAUGCGAAUCUGUGGAAGUAUGAACCCGGCUUCCUAUUGGCUGCAGAGCAGAAAGGCUUCGAGCUGCUGGAGCUGCGAGGAGAGGACCCACGAUUAGCCAGUCUGGAUACCCUAUCAGGAGAGGAGAUCCCUCUGCACUUCCUGCUCCGCCUCCAUGGUUACAUCAUUCAGGUGGGUGGGGCCACAACACCAAAAAACACAGAGGCUGCGGUCGAAAAGUCCCUCCUAUUGUCUAUUCCUAACCACUUUUCCUUGACCUCAAUGGAAAACAUCACGAGGUCAAGGGCAGAUUGUUACCGGAUGCCUCGUGUGAACCGGACGGCCGUCUUAUCGCUGCUGAUCGUCAGUAGCUCCGUGUUCCUGCUGUUCCAGUUGUAUUACUACCGGAAGUACGUCAGUAAGCUCUACCCUGACGACACAUCAGCGGACGCUGUCGAUUUUCGGAGAAAAGUGAAGUCAUUGCUUCAUUUGGCUGCUCAGACACUGGCUCACCUCAACAUCCCCUUCUGGCUCAGCAGCGGCACCUGUCUAGGCUGGUUCAGGCAGUGCAGCGUUAUCUCGUACAGCCGUGACGUCGAUAUAGGCAUAUUCAGCGUGGACUUCAGGUCUGACAUCAUCACAGCGUUCAGGGACGCCGGCCUGGCACUCAAACACAAAUUUGGAAAGGUGGAGGACAGUCUAGAACUUUCAUUUCUGAGUGACGACGUCAAACUGGACAUUUUCUUUUUCUAUGAGGAUGGAGACGUUGUGUGGAAUGGAGGGACACAGGCGAAGAGCGGCAGGAAGUUCAAGUAA